GAGAGGGAGAAUGAAUUCAGUCUUCUAGUUUUGGCCUACAUAUGCAGGUGUGCCUGAUAAUGUCACCUGCUUGCUGGUGAGGAUUAAUGCAAAGACGAUUAGGCUAUCAUGGUGCGUGCAUGACGCACCUUUGGAAAAAAAUAAAAGUAGUGAGUGUCAACAACAAAAUGCAUACAAAUAAAAGUCAGUUUUGAAAGAUAUGAUGCUGAUUUGGACAUUUUGUUAUCCAAUCUUUUAAAUGACUGCAGUGUUGGUGGAAGAAAAAACUUUAAUCUGGGAAUAAAUGCAUGUUUUUGCUUUACUGAUGGGAGCUGUCACAAUCUUUAUAUUCAGUCAUGAUGUUUAUUAUAGCUUGAGGUAUUGGCUCAAGUGGAGAAGCAGGUAGAGUGCAUUAGUGCCACACCGCUCAUUUUAUUAAUUAAUACCCUAACUAUGAGCCAUGAAAUAUUAAUGCCUUUUUAAAUGAUAGGCCUGUUGAGAGCCACAGAUUAUUUCCACUUGUCUCAUGUGUAUGUAAAUCUACAGUGUGUAACUUUAUUUGUUGUUACUGAUAUAUUAUUAUUAUUAUGCCUCUCUCUGGUCUUCAUGAACAGAAAGUAUGUAACAUUAUUUGUAUGCUGUAAAACAGGCUCUUUCAAACACUACUAUCAGACCUGACAGAGGGAGCGUUUGUGUAUACAGCGGCAGCACAGCGGUAACACACAUAUAGACACUACAUCUUACAAUAUAUAUAAUGUUAUUUUUCCUAUUUGAAACUUUUCUUUGGUUUAAUGAAUUUGUUUUUGUAAAGCACCCUCAGUCACUUCAUCAUGGAGCCUUGACUGAAGAAAAUAUGUGAACUAUGCCUUUAAAUGACACCACUCUGCGUUUUUACGACGGCCCCAAACGUUAGUGGGUCAUCGUCCCGUUUGGUUUGGUUUUCACUCAGCAGCUGUGUCGUCCUGUGAAACAUGGUGAUGACACCGUGUGAAUGACGUCACGUCGCGGCUCUACAUCAUCGCCACAGGAGCGCACCAUCUGAAGCGGGGGUGGGGGUGGCCACUAAGCUCUUUACUGCCCAGUCAUCAGGCCCUUGUUUGAACGGGUCAGAAGAAUGGAGCGCGUCCUCGCCGCAGCGAAACAUGGCGCGUAAGAAGAGGCUUUGUCCGGUACCGCUGUCCUCCACUUAACCGGAUCCGUCCACCUCAAGGAAUGUUCACCCUCACAGAAGUAGCAUCGCUGAACGACAUCCAGCCAACUUAUCGAAUACUGAAACCAUGGUGGGAUGUCUUCAUGGAUUAUCUUGGCAUUGUCAUGCUGAUGCUGGCCAUAUUUUCGGGGACCAUGCAGUUAACCAAAGACCAAGUGGUUUGUCUUCCCAUUCUGGAACAAACGCCAGAGGGUGCUGGAGAUUUCUUGAGCCAUGAACCAGUGGAAACAGCUGAUGGCUUCUGGAACAAAGAAAAUGCCAUCGGAGAGCAAGCUGCUCCUCUCAUGGCUAAAAAGCCUCCUGAAAACGUUGCACCGACCAUUCACUCACAGCCAGCUACUUUCGGGCAGCCCCAGCCCACAGGUGUCCGAACCAAGCUAGAUUUUCAGCAAUAUGUUUUUGUCAACCAGAUGUGCUACCAUGUUGCCCUUCCUUGGUAUUCCAAAUAUUUUCCAUACCUCGCUUUAAUCCACACCAUUGUUCUGAUGGUCAGCAGCAACUUCUGGUUCAAGUACCCAAAGACCAGUUCCAAAAUCGAACAUUUCGUUUCCAUACUUGGAAAAUGUUUUGAAUCACCUUGGACUACAAAGGCGCUGUCCGAAACUGCCUGUGAGGACUCGGAGGAGAACAAGCAGAGACUAGCUGGGGCGUCCUCGCUCCUGAAACACCUGUCCACAAGCAGCGAGGAAGGGAGUCCCAACCAGUCCGCACCGGUGCUGACCAAAUCUGGGGUGACAUUUUCAGUAGAGAAGCUUGUGAGUGAAGUUCCCUCUAUGACCAUACUGGACAAGAAAGAUGGUGAGCAAGCAAAGGCCUUGUUCGAAAAGGUACGGAAAUUCCGUGCCCAUGUGGAAGACAGUGACUUGAUUUACAGACUGUAUGCCAUCCAGACAGUCAUCAAAACAGUCAAGUUCAUUCUAAUACUUUGCUAUACCAUGACGUUUGUUGCAUCGAUAGAUUUCGAUCACAUCUGUGUGCCCGAAAUAAAGCAUUUGACUGGAUACACUAAAUUCCACUGUACGCAUAACAUGGCUUUCAUGUUGAAGAAGCUCCUCAUCAGUUAUAUCACAAUCAUAUGUGUUUAUGGCUUUAUCUGCAUUUACACACUGUUCUGGCUUUUUCGGCGACCACUGAAGGAGUAUUCAUUUGAGAAAGUCAGAGAGGAGAGCAGCUUCAGCGACAUCCCUGAUGUAAAGAACGACUUUGCGUUCCUCCUCCACAUGGUCGAUCAGUAUGACCAGUUGUACUCAAAGCGUUUUGGGGUUUUUCUCUCCGAGGUGAGUGAAAACAAACUCCGAGAGAUCAGCCUGAAUCAAGAGUGGACUUAUGAAAAGCUGCGGCAGCAUGUAACACGCAACUCUCAAGAAAAGCUGGAACUUCAUCUCUUCAUGCUGUCUGGCGUGCCUGACGCUGUCUUUGAUCUCACUGAUUUAGAAAUCCUGAAACUGGAAUUAAUCCCAGAGGCCAGGAUUACGGCUAAAAUCUCACAAAUGAUAAACCUCCAGGAGCUUCACUUCUACCACUGUCCAGCUAAAGUUGAGCAGACUGCUUUCAUGUUUCUUCGUGAUCACCUGCGGUGCCUUCAUGUCAAAUUCACAGAUGUUGCUGAGAUUCCUAGCUGGGUAUACUUACUGGCAAAUCUAAGGGAACUAUACUUGGUUGGCAACUUGAAUUCUGAAAACAACAAAAUGAUCGGACUCGAAUCUCUCCGAGAUCUCAGGCACCUAAAAACUCUGCAUCUCAAAAGCAACCUCACAAAGGUACCGACGAACAUAACAGACCUGUCCCCGCAUCUGAUCAAGCUGGUCAUUCAUAAUGACGGGACCAAGCUCCUAGUGCUUAAUAGUUUGAAGAAAAUGACAAACCUCGCAGAGCUGGAGCUUCAUAAUUGCGAGCUGGAGCGAAUUCCUCACGCUAUCUUCAGUCUGAACAACCUGCAGGAGCUCGACCUGAAGUCCAACCAUAUCCGUACCAUUGAGGAGGUCAUCAGCUUCCAGCACCUCAAGAGACUGACAUGCCUGAAACUUUGGCACAAUAAGAUCAUCACUAUUCCAUUGUCAAUUAGCCACGUCAAAAACAUUGAGUCACUCUAUCUCUCACACAACAAGCUUGAAUCUCUACCCUCUUCAUUAUUCUCACUCCCAAAGCUGAGGUACCUGGAUGUUAGCCAUAACUCCAUCGUGGUAAUACCACUGGAGGUUGGCUUCCUGCAGAAUCUCCAACAUUUUGCCAUUACAGGCAACAGAGUUGAGGUAGUCCCCAAACAACUGCUCAAGUGCACCAAACUGAGGACCUUAUGCCUCAGCCACAACUGUAUCUUGGUCAUUCCUGAGAAAAUUGGCCAACUCUCACAGCUGGCUCACCUGGAAGUGAAGGGAAACUGUCUGGAUCGUCUGCCGCCUCAGAUCGGCCAGUGCCGCCUCCUCCGCAGGAGCUGUCUGAUUGUGGAGGAUCACCUCUUUGACUCACUUCCAAUGGAGGUCAAAGAGAGCCUCAACCAGGAAUCUAGUGUUUCUUUUACUAACGGUUGCAAAUGUCUAAGUGAUGGGCGAUAGACAUGUCCGAGGUGUGACCAAACGUUGACCAUUUCACCAUAGGCUAUUCAGCCAUUAGUGGUAGUUCAGGGUACAGCCUUGUAAUACUUGCAUUUGCCAAUGAUGAAUGCAGUUUGAGGAGUUUACACGAGACUUGUUUCCAGCAGUACAGUUAGGUAAAUUUUUGGUAGUAUGUUGUGCAAGUAUUUGCGUUUCCACUUACCAUCCCAGUAUUUGGUAUCCUUCCAUUGGGGUCCCAAGCACCUCCUAAAGGGAGGCGCUAGACACAGGCAGUCCAUAGAUUGGUUGACAGAGAAUUGUCGCUUCUAUGUGAUGAUAGGGAAAUAUGGUGUUGAUUUUCCAUGCAGACCGCAGCCUUCAUGAAGAAUAAACACAAGAAUUUAUUGGCUGCUGUUAUGACAUCCCACUAUUUAUGUAGCUGAGGCAACUUAACUGCACUGUAGUACUUGGUGAAAAGGAGGCUAUAGUGAGCGUUUUACAGCACAUACAGUGUAAGGUUGGUACCACUGUAGAAAUGUUUAGAGAUGAACUGUAGAGAUGAUCAUAGCUUGUGUCAUGUUCAAAUAUUUAUUUUAUACUUGUUAACAAUUAAAUCUAGGUGCACAGUAGCUGUCAAGUCCCUCACCUUAGAUUUUUUUUACCUUUUGUAUUCAGUAUACCUUCAGUCUAUUUGUAAUUUCAAGUGUUUUUUCUUCAAAAUGACUACAUAUAGGUGAUUGACCUCAGCACAAAUGGUUGGUUCAUUCAGAUGAGACAUUGGCAUUAUUUGUUUCAUUAUUCAAACCUGUGCUAUUUCUCUGGUGUAAUGUCAAAAUGAUUAGGAAAAGCACAUGUAACCAUGUGUCAUUAUAACAUUUUUCAAAUUUCAACUUCAUGUUAAAUACUAAAAGGAAGAAUGAUACUUCUUUCAUUUUUGUCAUUAUUUUUUAAUGUAUUUUUUGUUAAUGUUUGUUGUUUACAGACAAUUCACAAUGUUACUUUUAUUAUUUUCCAUUUUAAUUGUUCAUGUUUUUUUGACAACUGUAUGGAAUAAUUGAUUUAAAUCAUUUUUUGUAAUCUUGAUUGAAAUCUAUGUUAAAUAAAUGUUAUUAUUGCCGUUUCUACACCACUACAGUCGUUCAAAGCUAUACGUUAGGGUUAAAAUCACUCCAGUUCUGUUUAUAGUCACAUGUUGAAAUAUUCUGAAUAGUGACACAGUUGAUGCCUGUAAUACUCGAUCAUUUGAAAUCUCAUUAAAAAUAUUUUUGAAGAACAUAGAAUUGACAGACUUUUCUCGUUUUAUGUUAUUAGUUAUAAUGAAAAAAAUCUAAUUUAGAAAACCAAUUACAGUACAAAAGAAGCAAAAAAAGAGAAUAAAUCAAUGAGAAAAAGAGUAUAAACAACAUUAAAAUCUGAUGGAUGUGGAAAAGAAAAGUCAUUAGACACAGUGAGCUAAAUGAUCACGUCACAUAACUUUCUUCUCAUUACAAAUCAAACAUUAAGUAAAUAUUAUUUAUGCACUACAUUCACAAACAUGCUUUUCCCCCCUACGUGUGGACACAGAUAUGGACGAGCGAUGUUUUCCUCUCUCUUUUUAUAUACCUUAUAAUGAAAAUUCUAAAUAACAAAUAAUUGACCACAAAAACACAAUACUUUAUAACAAUAUAACAAUAACAAAAGUUGUAUUUUAUAACGCUCUUAGUCAAACACAUGAACUUAUUUUUCAGUACAAUUGAAUCUGUCUUAUGCUGUUAAGUAACUGUUAAGUAAAUUAUAAUGAAGCAGUGUUUACCCACAGGCCACUUCAUUCAUCGUGAUUCUUAUGAAUGACUUAUGAAUGGUUUAAUAUACUGUAAGUGAAGAAUGACUGCAUAUCUUCUGUGUACUGUCUAAGCACUGAGGCGAAGCCACACAUUUUGCUAGGAUCAUUUUCUUUUCUGACAUUUUUAAUGAAUGCUGCUUCAUUUAAUUUAACAGACUAUGUCAUAGUUACUGUAAUAGAUAUAGAAAUGAACUCAUGUGACAUACAAAAGUCUACCUCUCAUGACACCACAGCGCCGACCAGUGGCAACAACUGGUAACGGUAUCUGUGAAGGAAAUCUUUCUGUGAUUAAAUACUGAACCAUUAAUAUAGCCAACUUUAAGUUAAAGGGUCACAGUUUGUUUUAAUGUCACAGACAGCACCGGUAAGCAGCGGGUCAGAAUCUGACGUCUGUAGCGUCUGUGAUGGCUGUGCUCAUGUCUGAUGUUGCCUCUGUUUUCCUCUCUCUCAAUAAAUUCUUGAAACUUAA